AUGAGCAUGACGUGGACAUCGCCUUGGACUGCCUACGAGGCUCUCAAGCUGGUUGGGGCGGGCGGCUACGGCCAGGUCUAUCUCGCCCGCCACGUCGCCACCGACCACAUCGUUGCGCUCAAGGCCUUGCCGCUUGCGACCAGCGACCCUGCAAGCGCUCGGCGCGAGAUCGAGAUUGCUGCCCACGUGCGCCACCCCAACCUCGUCCAGAUCUACGAGGCCAAGUUUACGGUAUCGUACCUGCUCUUGGCGACAGAGUACUGUCCGAACGGUGACCUAUUCGACUACAACCAAACCUACCAGCCGCUGCCGAUCCGGACGAUCCGCAAGUUCACGGGGCAGAUCGCGGCCGGCCUCGGUGCGCUCCACGCUGCUCACGUCGUGCACCGCGACAUCAAGCCCGAAAACAUCUACGUCGACUACAACGAGAACAUCAAGAUUGGCGACUUUGGCAUGGCGAUCGUUUCCCAACGCCCGCGCCAUGACGACCAUUGCGGUAGUUUGGCGUUUCAAGCGCCAGAGCUCCUUCGCAAGGAGUCCUACGACCAUUCGAUCGACGUAUGGGCCGCAGGCGUCGUGCUCUACGAGCUGCUGACGUCCGAGUCGCCCUUCAUCAACCGGUCCAGCAUACUCCGUGGCGAGUUUGAAAUGCCCGAGUACGCGUCGCCGCUCUUGCAAGACCUCCUUCGCGGUAUGCUUGCGGUCGACCCACGUCGCCGCCUGUCGGCCGCCGCGAUCGCCGCUCAUCCCUGGCUCACGUCGUAG